AAAAACAUUAAAAAUCAUCGACAAUUUUUUCAUCUGGCGCGGCGGGGACGUACAUGGCAUAAUUCACUUAAAAAUUGCAGAAAUGGCAAGCAAGACCAAUUGGUGGCCUUGCUGUGUGAGUGUGCUACUCCUCGCCGUGGUCUUGGGAUUAGCGGCUGUCCAUUGGCAAAAACAAAGUGAAUUUAACACCUUCAUGGAAGAACAUGGCUUGAUGCAGCACGGAUCUGUAUUCUCCAAUGCCGGGAUCAACUACCUGGAGCAGUUUGCCUCGCCGAGUCUGUUGGAGCACAAAGCCUUCAAGGAGAUCUCCCAGGCGGAGAGAAACAAAAUCUACGGAGUCUCGGAGAAGCUGGCCUCCUCCCUGCUCCUCCUCCAGUGGCUGGAGUCACGGCAACUGCAGCAUCACCAUGGCGAUGUUCAGAUAUGGCUGGAUGAGCACAAACAGCAAGGGCAUCACUGGAGCGUCAAGUUUGGCUAUGCCGGUGUGAGACAGCUUGCCAUGCUCACACAGGAAGAGACUACAACAUUGGUCACAUACCUGAAGACAACUGAGUUUGAAACCUACUUGCUGAGGGAAGGCAUUAAGGAACUCGCAGGUGAUGACAACUGGAAGAGACUGAUCUUGAAUCCAACCUUCUCCAGUCUACAGAAAAUGAAGGAGUUUUUCAUUUUUG